UCCAAGGCUCAUAUUUCUUCACUUUGUUCCAGGACGCAGCAGCAACAACACAGCCAUGGGAGAUAAACACUAUGAACAUCUUUCACUUCUCAGCGAACCAUGGAGGACAAUAAACUGGGGAGACAAACAGAGCGCUCUGCAGUACAUGAAGAACUAUAAACCUCAUGAUGAAGGCCAGCAGCUCAGGAUUCUUCUUCAUGGCCCAGUUGGAGCUGGAAAUUCCAGUUUCAUCAACUCAAUUCAAAGUGUGUUACUUGGCAGAAUGUACACACUGGCUUUAGCGGAAAACAUCAAUCAUGACAGUUUCACCAGGAAGAACUGCCUUAAUUCUACGUGGCAUUGAUUCAACAAGGUGCUGAAAGCAU